AUAUAAGCAGCGGGUCAGGGCACAGCCGCUCAAACAUCAGAUCGUCAUACGGCGUGAUGCUCGCCAAGAUAUUGGUGAGCUUCCUGCUGCUGGCAGGUCCAGCACUCAGCUUCCCAAACGAACGUGCCCUUGCACACUUUGGUAUCACCUCGCGGACUCCAAGCCCAUCCAGCGUCCGAACGAAACCACGAACUUACACUCCUCCUCCUUUCUCUGCCUCUUAUUCUUCUCCUCCAGAAUCAAAGAAAGAAUCAAAAGAACCAGAAAGUACCUACACCCCACCACAGGUUAAAGAAGAGGAGCCCAUAGGCUACUCGUACACAGAACCGGUCUUCUCGGCAACAUACCCAGCGCGCACACCUUACCGACCGCCCCAACGGCCCGAAGAAUCGCGGGAAGAUAAAACAAAUAAGCCUAAUUUCGUUCACAAGGGUCGGUCAUUUGCGUAUGAGUUCGAUGUAAGAGACGGAGAUUCUGGCAAUCAGUUUGCUCACCAGUCGCAGUCAGAUGGAGAGAUCACGACAGGAAUGUACACAGUACAGCUUCCUGAUGGACGCCUUCAGACUGUAAAAUACUCUGCCGAUGCUGACACAGGUUUCCAGGUUAAUGUCGAGUAUCAAGGUGUGCCAUUCUACCCUGACGACAAGUCUGAAGAAGUUGUUGACGUUUACAAACUCUCGCCUAAACCAACAUACACGGCGCCGGCAACCGUCAGUCGAGAUCGUGACUCGUCAGCAGAAAAGAAAGAGGAAGGAAUCUCCAAUUCCGAGUCACAAGACUCGGCUAAGGAAACAAACGCGAAUUCGAAUUCUAGGCGUCAAAAAUCAAGAGUGGUGAUAAGCAGCUCAGGAUCGUCUCUAUACGCCAACAGAGAAGAAACUCGAACAACCCAGGGAAGUGCCGCUUCACGUACUUACCAAACUCCACUGACCUCAUAUUCAGCUCCUGCUUUCAAAAAUGAACAUAACGAGGAACAAUUGAAAGCCGUUAAGGAUAAUCAGGAAACAGUAAAAUCUGAAUCAAGUGGACGAGACUCAACAAGAAAACUCUACGGAGCUGAAAUUCCUCGAAGGAGCUAUCAGGCACCGCUAAAAACCUACACAGCUCCCCAAGUGAGUGAAGAGGAGAUAACAGAAGAUCUGGCGAUCACUUAUAGUCGAUCACAGACAGAUGAUGAUAGUGAGGAAAAGGAAGUUUCUCAAUCAAUUUAUUUCACACCAGCGAAAACAUAUGGAGUGCCCGAAGCUGUUCGAGAUAGAACUCCGCCGCGGAAAUCUUACGGCGUCCCUCCAUUUACUGAAGUCACUGAAGAAAGCGAAGAAGAAAAAAAUACAAGAAAAAAUUCACAUUUUGAAACAGCUCAGACAAUUUCUGAUGAAAGAGAAGAGGGAGAAGAUUUGAGAGCCACUCAACCAUUAUAUUCUGCUUCAAGCUUGUCUUACGGAGUUCCAAGCGAAAAUUCUGAAAAAUUGAAAAAAGGUGAACCGGAUGAUGAUGGAGACGGUGACGACGAUGACAGUGAAGAUUCCAAAUCAUACGGAUCAUCUUCUCGAACAUAUGGCGCAUCGAGUUCGACCGGACAGGAAAUCAAAAGUAUACCUCCGAGGAGAACUUACGGUGUCCCCGAACAAGUUGUUGAUUUAGACACCGAAAAAGAGGCAACACUCGCAACAAGUUACGGAUUACCACAAGCUGACGAAGAAGACAUCAGGGUUUCCAGUCCGAAAUAUUCUCCACCCAGUCAAAUAUACGGUGUUCCUGAUGAGUCUUUCAGCGAAACUUUAGAAGAUGAGAGCAAGGAAUCGGCAACAGGUGGACAGAGAGCACCGUCAAGAAUAUACGGAAGCCCUGACGUUAGCGAAGAAGAAAUUAACGAGAGUGAUAAAGGCGCAAGUGAUGACGAACCCAGCGCGCCUUCAGAAACUUCCGAGGCUCCAAAAAUUGCAUCAAGAUUUGUCAACCGGUUCUAUUCACCACCUAAGCAGACAUAUGGUGUUCCUGACGGGGACAUCAAACCCAUUGACGAAGAUGACAGUGACGAAGAAAAAAUCGACGAUUCCUUCCCCCCACCAAGAAGUUACGAAACUCCUAAAAAAGAUGAUGAAAUCCCAAACCCUCUUCAUUCACCUCCUAGAAGGACCUAUGGCGUUCCGGAUGUUGAUGGGAAAGAACUAGUCACCGAAAACGAUGAUGACAGUGAUGAAAGUGCUGACACAGAACCAAGUGCUCUCGGAAUAAAAUAUGGUGCACCUGAUGUGGAGACCUCAUCAGCAAGUUCUGUUAAACCUCCACCAAGGACUUAUGGCAUUCCUGAAAUUGCCGAUGAUAAUAGUGAAGAAGAGAGAAUCGAUGUUCCUUCAAGAACCUACGGAGUUCCUGAUAUCAAGACCGAGCAGCCUGAGCCUGUACCACCUAAACAGACAUAUGGAAUUCCCGAAGACGAUGAAGAGCAAACUAUCGUCGAAGCUGUUGAUGAUAGCAGUGAUGAAGACGAAAGCGUUGCUCUCGGUACUCCAUCAAGAACGUACGGAGUUCCUGAAGUUGAGACCAAAUCACCAAGCCCUCUUUAUUUACCCCCUCGAAGGACAUAUGGUGUGCCUCAAGUUAGUGCCAUUUCGGCGAAUGAAAAUGAUAAAGAAAGCGAUGAGGAUGAGGAAGAUACUAGGGUGCCGCCAAGGACCUAUGGAGUACCUGAGGUUGGUGUUAAGCAUGUACGACCAGUUUCUGCAGCGUCUCUCAGAACAUAUGCAGUUCCUAAGGUCACAAAAGUUGUAGUUUCAGAUACUGAAAAUAAAAACAGUGAGGAAAAUGAGGAAGAAUCCUAUAAGCCUUCAACAGCUUAUGGAGCUCCUGAGAUUGACUCAGAGCCUGUAAGUACACCCAGUAGAACAUACGGUGUGCCAGAAGUUAGCGAAGAAACAACUCUCGUUGAAGACGAGGAUGAUAGCAACGAUGAUGGAGGCGACGCCAAUCCACCAUCAAGUACCUAUGGAGUACCGGAGGUGAGUCAGGAAGUAAUUAAUGUCGAAGAAAUAAAUGAUGACAGCGAAGAAAAGGAGAAUGUCAGGUUCAGUACACCAGCAAGAACAUACGGCACUCCUGAAGUGGCAGUAAGGCCUUCAAGCAGUUCUUAUUUGCCUCCCAAGAGAACGUAUGGUGUUCCUCAACUCAGUGAAGAGACAAUCGCGGCUGAUAAUGCUGAGGAUGACAGUAGUGAAGACUCUAGCUUAGGUCAGCGUUACUCACCUCCUAGAAGAACCUACAGUGCUCCUGCUGUUACUGUAAAGAAGACGAGCCAGGAAACAACAGACGAUUCCAACAUCCCAUCGACAACUUACGGAGCUCCUGAGGUAAAAACUAAAACGAUCACUCCUAUUUUCUUGCCACCUCAGCGGACAUAUGGAGUUCCAGCGGUUAGUGAUGACAAAGUUACUGUUGACGACGAGAGUGAUGAAAAAGAAAAAUCCAGUGCCCCAUCACGAACAUACGGUACACCUACUAUCACAAUAAAACCUGUAGCUCCUGUUUAUUUCCCGCCGAGAAUAACAUAUGAUGUUCCUAAAGUCAGUGACGAAGAUUCUGUGAAGGCUGAUGCGCCUGAUGAGGAAGAAGAUGAUAGCAAUGAAAAAGAAAUAAUAGUCAUCGAUUCCCCGUCCCAAACUUAUGGGACACCACAGAUAGAACACCGAAUCACCAGUUCCGUCUAUGUGCCUCCCAGUCGAACCUACGGGGUUCCAGACGAAAGUGUAAGCGAGUCUGAUGGACGCUAUUCUAAUCCAAGUCGUGCAUACGGAACUCCCAACGAAUCAAGUGAUACAGACGAAAAUGAAGAAAAGAUCAGCGAUGAAGAGAGUGAAAGCUCCUAUCAGUCAAAUUCCAGAACAGAGCAAAAUGGCGAUGAAGAUGUCAGAUCUAGUAAACCUCUUUACUCUCCUCCAAGUAGGUCGUACGGAGCUCCUAACUUACUUCGGGAAGAAACACAGGACGAUAGCAACGAAGAUACCAUCGAACAAGUUUCUACCAAUUACGGUGUACCAAGUGAAGAUGAAGGUGUAAGAAGCUCAAGUCCCAUAUAUUUGACUCCAAGUGUGACCUACGGUGUUCCAAUUCUAAGCGCCGAAGAUGUUUCUAGUAGUGAGAUCGAAGAAAAAGAAGUCCCCUCUGAAAGUUAUGGUGUCCCCGCACAAAACGACCCUGAGCCACCUGAGCUAGUGUAUGAAGCUCCGAGUGAGAAAAAUUCCGAGGAAAGGUCACGAAAUGAGCAAUCGUAUUCACCCCCUAGACGAACAUACGGCGUUCCUGAAACUGAAACAGAAGAUAAAGAUAAUCAGGAUGAAACAGAAGAAAAUUCCAGAGAGAGUUCAUCGACAUUGAUUAUCCCACAAAGAACUUACGGUGCCCCCGAAGUUAAUGCUGCAGAAGCUCAAGAAGAUGAGAGGGAGACUGUUCCUGAACAAAUAACUCCUAGCCUCACCUACGGAGUUCCAUUUGCUGAGGAUGGCACUGACUCAAAAUCACAAGCAAGUGAUUCUCGCUCCUUAAAAUCAUCGUACAGUGUACCUCCUGCUCCUGAAUCAUCUGAAUACGAACCGUUGUACGCUCCACCUGCCAGAGGUUAUACGUCACCUUCAGAUAAUUCUGGAGAAGGAGGUGUGCGCUCGUCAUACAGUGUUCCUCCUGCUCCUGAAUCAUCUGAAUACGAACCGUUGUACGCCCCACCUGCCAGAGGUUAUACGUCACCUUCAGAUAAAUCUGGAAAAGGAGGCGUGCGCUCGUCAUACAGUGUUCCUCCUGCUCCUGAAUCAUCUGAAUACGAACCGUUGUACGCCCCGCCAGCUACAGGUUACACGUCACCUUCAGAUAAAUCUGGAGAAGGAGGUGUUCGCUCAUCAUACAGCGUUCCUCCUGCUCCUGAAUCAUCUGAAUACGAACCGUUGUACGCCCCACCAGCUACAAGUUACACGUCACCUUCAGAAAAAUCUGAGGAAGAGGGAGUGCGCUCAUCAUACAGUGUUCCUCCAGCUCCCACUUCUUCUGAGUACGAGCCUUUGUACGCACCGGCAGCAACAAACAACCUUGCUCCUGCAGACAAUUCUGACGAAGAGAUUAGAUCAUCGUACAGUGCACCUCCUGCUCCUGAAAGUAGCAGUGAUUCUGACGUUCGUUAUGGACCUCUCUAUGCUCCUCCAAGUCAAACAUAUGGCACGCCAAAGAAGAAUGAUAGUGAGGAAACCAUAUCUAAAAAAAUUCGUCGUGUCCGUUUUAGGGCUACAGGGCGGAAAAUCAAUCGUGGUAAACCGUCCGUUUACUACCAGCCAAAGCCCGUAAAAGUAGUGCCAUCGAAUAACUACAGAUCUAGAUCACGACACGCUAGGCAACCAAAAGAUGCCUUGGUAUCAUACCGUCCAACUCGUUAUGAAAGCACCGACAAGCAUCUGCUGUCUCUUUUCAUUUCCGGUGAGCGGCGAUGAAUCUCCCUUUUCAAAACAAAUAGCGUGUAUCUAUUGUAGUAAAUUAAUGUUAAUUACGAAAACUUGGAAACGAAACGAACUUUGUUAACUUAUUAUAGUUAUUUAAAAACCUUCAAUACAUUAUUAUUUUUCAUAACGUCCAAUAACUUAUAUGGGUCGGCUACAGCAUAACAACUAAAAAAUCAACAAUCUUAAUAAUAAGUAGCGAAUAAGUUAUGGUAGACAGAGUGCUGCUGUUGUAGUCUAAUGCAGAAGGGAAAUCCUGCUACCUUUAAUACCUGAUUUGCAUAGUGAUGUUAAGUAGUGGCUCAAUUGUAUUUAUUCUAAUAUAUGUUAUAUGUACACAUCAAACGCACAGGAAAUUUAUUCACGUUUUUUGUAAAAAAUAUAGCUGGAUCAGGCACCUAUAAUUAAGACAAUGUACUUUUAGUAAAGAUGUCACAAGUAGCCUGGGCUGCCAUUCUGGCCGAGGGAGGGCAGUUGAAUGCCGCGUGAAACUCCGGCGUGUUCCUCAUCAUCGCGUUGAUUCUGAAGCGGAAUGUUAAUUAAGUGAAAACAAUUGAGGCACGAAACGAAAACCAUUUUAAUAGUUUUUUUUAUAACUGGAAUUCUAAGCGAUGAAGUAAGUUAUUUGCAAAUUUUUAAUUAAAGUCGGCAUGUAUAGUAAGAAGUUUGUUCGGAAGUCAAGUCUGGAAGCUAUUAAUAAAAAACGUAUUUUUGACGAUUUUUCUUAAUUUUGCAUAUUUUGUUAGAGAUGCUUUGUAGGGACUGCAGUGACUUACCUGAUGUCGUUCGGUAGAUGCUCGUCAAGUUCCAUGAGGAUGAUUUUGGCCAGUGGCGGCAACACGGAACAGUACGGCUUAGAAUAAAUUUCAUAAUUAA